AUGAAGGGGGUGAGGUCUCCAGAUCCCCAAUCUCCUCCCCAAAACGCCCCCGAGCCGCCAUCUGUCUUCCUGCAGAUGCCGGUGGGCCACAGCAACCUCCUGCCCCCCCAGUUGAAUGUCACCUGGACGGUGUCGCCCCGCCUCCCCAGCGCUCACCCUACUCCCAGGUUGCCCUGGACCUCAUGCCCGAUAGUGUUCGGCGGCAACAACAGGUGCCCCCUGAUGACCGGCGGCCCUUGGCGCCUGCCGGCGCCGCUGACCAUCCAGGCCGCCGCCGCUGCAGCCGCCGCCGCCGCCGGCGCCCCUUCCGUGCCUCUGUUUUUUACCUGGAGCAUUGACGACGUUGCGAUCUGUGACCACUUCCUGCUGGGGGUGUGCCCGUUGGCGUACAGGUGCACGAUGCAUCACACUCCGUUCCCCUUCCACUGGCAGCUGUACAACAGCGAGGUGGGGCGCUGGGUGGACAUCCAGUCCCGGGCCCAGCUGCUCCUGGAGCGCCUGUACUGCAACGUGGACCAGGAUACCCUCACUCUAAUCGAAGGCUCCGUCCGCUUCAAACUGGACCUGGACGACAUGGAAAUCAUCGACGAGUAUAAAUACACUCACGCCAGGCGACUGAGCAACUCGGACAGUUUCCUGGCCAAUGCGCAUUUCUUUUGCCAAUGGCGCGUUUACUGGUGGAACGAGAACGACUGGGCCGAGUACGACCAGGGCGUGUCUGUCCUGCUCCUGUCCAGAAUGGCCCUCAAGGAGCCGAUGGCCGCCUUCAUGAUAGGCUCGCGGAAGUACGUCGUGGACUUCACCGACAUGACGCAGACCAACGUGAUGACGGGCUUCCAGAGGGUCAUCCGCUGCCGACCGGCGUAUCGCCCUUUAGAGUCCCUCUGCCCUCACCUCAAGACAGGGAUUGUCUUGGAAGCCAUCCCGCAACCUUUUCAUCCCAACUUCAACGUGGACCCUUUGGAGAACUUCACCACAUGGUAUCCCCCCGUGUGGCAACCGGACAGCGAGGCGGACUGCCAGCUGCUCGAUGUUCCGCGUCAGACCAAGACCUUCCAGAUGAUCAAGAAACUGUUCUACCAGGGCCUGCCUGAGACCAAGGUGGAUAUCGUUAUCAUCCAGCAGGUCCAGAACCCACUGCACUGGGACAAGUAUCAAAGGCAGAAGGUGCACAUGGAAAACAAGCUGGGCGACUCCCAGGAGCUUCCGGAGCGUCACCUUUUCCACGGGACCUCCCGAGACGCGGCCGAGCUCAUCUGCUACCUCAACUUUGACCCGGGCUUGGCCGGCGUCCACGGGAAGAUCUUGGGUCACGCCUCCUACUUUGCCGUCUCGGCCGGCAUGUCGCACGACUACGCCGUGGAGAGCGCGCCCGACGGGCUGCGCCACAUUUUCCUGGCCAAAGUCCUGGUGGGAAAGGUGACCAAGGGGGAGGUGGGGUAUCUCCACCCGCCUCCAUGCGACCCGGGCCCGGGUUUCUACGACGCCUGCGUGGACGACGUGUCGCGGCCGAGCAUUUUUGCCGUGUUCGACAGCUGCCAGUGUUACCCGUACUACCUGAUCAAGUACAAAGAGGUGAAAGGCGUCGUGGAGCUCUGA